CAUUUUCAGGAAGAACCUGUUGAUAGGAGCAAACACUGGGGUGAUUUGGAAGAAGAGGAGGAGGAAGAAGAGGAAGAGGAAGAACAGAUAGAAGAGGAGGAGCUAGAGGCAGGCAUUCAAUCGGUGGACAGCCUGUCAAGUACUCCGACCGGUGUUGAGACACCUGAUGUCAUUGACCUGCGGAAGCAGCAGAGAAAGGAGCCCGAGAAACCUCUUUACCAAGUUCUUGAAGAAAAAGAAGAAAAGAUUGCUCCAGGAACUUUGCUUGGAACAACCCACACAUACGUACUUGGCAGUGGCACACAAGACAAAACAGGCGCAAAAAGAGUCGAUCUGCUUCGUGGUCAAAAAUCAGACAAGGUGGAUGUCACUCUACAGCCUGAAGAACUGGAUGUUUUGGACAACGUUGUGGCUGCUAAGUAUGAGGAAGCGAGGGAAGAGGAGAAGUUGCGAAGCCAACGGGAGGAUUUCAGUGACAUGGUUGCAGAGAAUGAGAAGAAGAGAAAGCGGAAGAUGCAGGAGAAGGAUGGAAAGUCAAAGAAGAAGGACUUCAAAUUUUAGUAUGUUUGUUAUUCGUAUUUCUCAGCUCUGAGAGGCCCAACUUUGUACCAAUAGCUUCGUUGUAGAAGAAAUUUUAGAGACUGUCUUAAUAGGCUCGUAAUUUCACUGUUACGUUUGAAAUUAUUUCUGAGAGAAAGGAGCUAUCUUCGUCUA